UUCAAUCGCUCCGGCUAGGAGAAGCAGCGAGCAGCGAGGCGCCGUCGAAGGUAGAAAACUCAAAGAUGGUGAAGUUUCUGAAGCCUGGCAAGGCCGUAAUUCUUCUCAACGGUCGAUUCGCCGGCCGCAAGGCGGUUAUCAUCCGGUCCUUUGACGAUGGCACACGCGAUCGCCCUUACGGCCACUGCCUCGUCGCCGGAAUCGCCAAAUACCCCAAGAAAGUCAUCCGAAAAGACUCCGCGAAGAAGACGGCGAAGAAAUCGAGGGUUAAGGCCUUCCUCAAGGUUGUCAAUUACACCCAUAUCAUGCCAACCCGAUACACCCUCGACGUCGAUCUGAAGGACAUCGUCACCCUUGACUCUCUUCAUUCUCGGGACAAGAAGGUCACGGCCUGUAAGGAGACCAAGGCGCGGUUGGAGGAGCGCUUCAAGACAGGGAAGAACAGGUGGUUCUUCACCAAGCUGAGGUUCUAGGUAAAAUGGAAGAGUCUUUAAUGCUAGGGAUUUGCUCUUGUAGUAAUCCAUCGGUACGCUUUUCGAUUUUGUUUUUUUGUGUCAGUGUUAUGGAUCUGGUGCUGGUUGCCUUACAUGAUUUUAUAUUUUCUGUUCCGAAUUCUUAAUGAUGUUGUGAGACAAAUACUCUAUGUUGUUUAAUUUAGCUGUUGUUUAAAUGCAUUGAAUGUUUCCUUACA